AUGGAUCCCCCGACACUAUUCGUGUCCUUAGUGACGUUGCCGUUGGGACUGCUGGCUUUGCGCAUUGUGUACCAUCUGUACUUCCAUCCGUUGUCCAGGUUCCCCGGUCCAAAACUCGCUGCUGCAACCUCGCUCUACGAAUUCUAUUAUGAUGUAAUUAAAAGCGGCAUGUAUAUCUGGGAGAUCGAGCGCAUGCACGAGAAGUAUGGUCCCAUCGUGCGCAUCAGUCCACGAGAAAUCCACAUCAAAGACUCAAACUACUACGAUGAUAUUCACGCCGGUGCCUCGCACAAACGCUCCAAAGACCCUAAAUACGCCGUAGCCUUCGGUGCGCCCAAUUCCCUCGUAGGAACAAUAACCCACGAUCACCACCGCUUCCGCCGCGGCCUGCUGAGCAACUACUUCUCCAAGCGCUCGGUGGUAGAUCUUGGCCCGUCCAUUGACGACAAAGUCAGCAAGUUAAUCGCGCGCUUUGAACAAGCGCACCAAGACGGCGAGGUGCUGCACCUGCAACUAGACUUCGCUGCGCUGACCGCAGAUGUCAUUACCGAUUACUGCUACGGCUGGAGCUAUGGCUACCUAGACGCCGAGAAGGGAUCGCGGAGCAACGACCUCGUCGACGCUGUUAAUGGAUUGAUGGUCAUGUUCCACAUCAAUCGGUUCUUCCCGUUCCUUAUUACCAUUUUCAGGAAUACGUCGCCUACCCUACUACGCUGGUUACAACCCCAGAUGGCGGAUUUAUUUGAUGUGAAGGCUAGGCUUAGACAGCAGGCGAGAGAUACUCUGCAAAAGCAGAGUCUGCGGAAUCUUGAUUCUGACGCGAGGCCGACUAUAUUUGAUGCGUUGACGAGUUUGGAGUUGCCCGAAAGCGAGAGGACCCUUGAUCGACUAGAAGAUGAGUCUGCGCUGCUGCUUGGAGCUGGUACGGAGACUACGGCUAGGUCCAUCACUGUCGCGAUGUUUCAUCUCAUCAACAACAAGGAGAUUAUGGCGAAACUGCGGGUGGAGUUGAAGACGGUACUUCUGACACCGCAGUCCAAGGCUUCAUGGGUGGAUUUGGAGCGAUUACCAUACUUGACGGGUGUGGUUAAUGAAGGUCUGCGUCUCAGCCAUGGCAUGACAGCCCGAUUGGCUCGUGUUUCACCGACCGAACCCAUGCUCUAUCAGGGUUGGGCUAUCCCUGCAGGCACUCCGGUCAGUCAGUCGAACUACUUCGUCCAUAUGGAUCCCACGCUAUUCCCCGAGCCGGAGAAAUUCGACCCGAAGCGUUGGAUCCGCGCUGCAGAGAAGGGGAAGUAUCUGAGUCGGUAUAUCGUCUCGUUUACCAAGGGGAGUAGACAAUGUCUGGGAAUGAAUCUUGCCUAUGCGGAGAUCUACUUAUCUUUGGCACAUAUCGCUCGUCGCAUCGACUUUGCGCUGUAUCAAACUACUACUGAUAAUAUCUGUGUUUAUCGUGAUAUGGGCAUUGGAUGUCCGAAGGUUGGUUUGUUUGGUGUUAGGGCUACGGUGGAGGGUCUUGUCAAGGAGUAA